AUGUGUUUUGGAAGCAAGAAAGAGGCGAAUAAUGACCCUGCACCUCGUCCCGCGCAGAGACCGGCAUCUUCUCAGAGUCAAGGAGAUGUAAAGAAGAGUAAAUACAACCCUCAAAAUGACCCAAAUCAAUAUGCUGGAGAGUCUAGCUAUUCUGCGCCCCCAGGACCUCCUCCAGACAGAAAACAGGCCUCGGAUUUUGCACCACCUCCGGGACCACCACCUGGUCAAUCUUCAUCGCAGCAAUAUUCUUCUCCUUCAGGACCACCGCCGGGCAAGGCCGCAGCGCAGUAUGAUGCACCUCCAGGUCCUCCACCAGGACAAGGAGACUACGCGCCACCAUCUGGGCCACCGCCCAAGCAUGACUGGGAAGUGGCAGUGCCGGAUACUUCACUGUUCCCACCACCACCCGCUAUCUUCAGCGGCUACGAUAGAUCUCCUACAAGCAAUGCUACUGAGGAAGAGGCCAAUGCCGGCGAGGAUUGGUGCCAGUCAUAUCCAUUGACAGCACCCAUUAACUUGGACCAGACUGGAAAGACGGCUCUCCAGGCAGGCAACAUUCGCCUCAUGGAGCCUGUAGGUUUCAGUGGUAAGCUCACUUGGAUGGAACCAGGACAUUGGCAAGGUUGGAGUAGGAAGAACUCACCUGACCGUUGCAUUAUUGGUUAUCCGCCUCUCUACUCAGUAACUGAGCAUGACCCUGUUCGCCUCGGCCAGCCCAAGACUAUCUACUACGAAGUUAAGCUUGCACGCGACAGCCCUGAGGUAUUCAUCGCCCUUGGUUUCACCGCGCUACCCUAUCCUUCAUUCCGCAUGCCAGGCUGGCAUCGCGGAAGUCUAGCAGUACAUGGUGACGACGGACACAAAUACGUCAACGAUCGCUGGGGUGGCCGUGAUUUCACCGAGCCUUUCAAGCGUGGAGAGACUUACGGAAUUGGCAUGACAUUGCGUUCAGUUGGUGGACCUAAGCCGCAGGUCGAUAUCUUCUUUACGCGCAACGGUACGAUGACAGGUGGCUGGGCGCUCCAUGAGGAGACUGAUGCUGAACAAGAUCUACCGGUUACAGGGUUGGAGGGUUUCCAUGAUCUAAGUUGUGCUAUUGGAACGUAUGAUGGGAUUAAGUUUGAGGCAAUGUUUGAGCCGUCAAAGUGGUUGUAUAACCCGUUCCAGUUCUAA